UGUUCUUUUCUAUCUAAUGAUGAAAACCUUUGGAGAAGCUGAACUUUGCUUUCCACAACUGCUCAAUUUAUCUUGCAGGAAGACCGUGCGUCCUCCCUCAAUAUCCCUGCUGAUUUACAUUACUCUGUCCUUCAUCUCUGUGCUCACUGUGACAUUCAACUUGCUGGUCAUCAUCUCUAUCUCCCACUUUAAGAAGCUCCACAACCCCACCAACAUCCUCCUGCUCUCUCUGGCUGUCUCAGAUUGCAUGGUGGGAUUCCUCAUUUCAUUUCAAAUCAUGCUGAUAGAUGGAUGCUGGUAUCUUGGGGACAUCAUGUGUGCUCUGUAUGUUGUUUUGGACUAUGCAAUCACCUCUGCUUCAAUAGGAACCAUGGUACUUAUUUCUGUUGAUCGUUACAUGGCCAUUUGUUACCCCCUGUAUUACUCCAGCAAAGUCACAGAAGAACGAGCAAAGACAUGCGUUUCCCUGUGUUGGAUGUUUGCUUUUCUUUGCCACUGUCUGAUCCUAAAAGACAGCUUGCAAAAACCAGGCAGGUAUAAUUCCUGCUUUGGAGAGUGUAUGGUUGUCCUUGAUUAUGUUGGGGGAAUUUUUGAUCUUUUUUUGUCCUUUAUUGGCCCAGUCACUGCCAUCCUAGUUCUCUAUGUAAGAGUGUUUGUAGUGGUUGUGUCUCAGGCUCGAGCCAUGCAGUCUCAUGUUGCCGCUGUAUCACUUCAGAGCUCAGAGAAAGUCACAGCUAAGAAAUCUGAAAGGAAGGCAGCUGUUAUCCUUGGAAUUGUUGUAAUUGCAUUUCUCAUAUGUACAUGUCCAUAUUUCUGUGUUAUUCUCCUGGAAGAGGAUGCAGAGGUCAGUGCUUCAUCUGUGACUUUUCUUCUGUUUUAUUUUAAUUCCACCCUGAACCCUCUGAUCUAUGCCCUUUUUUACCCCUGGUUUAGGAAAUCUGCUAAACUAAUUCUUACACUGCAGAUCCUGAACUCUGAUUCAUCUGGCACUAUUUUUAUGUAA